AAAUAACUAGGAAACACUUAAUCUUUUUACCAGUCAAAUCGAAACUUGUAUUUGUUUUAUUUUAACAGUUGUUUCAAACCUUUGACCAUAGAUAUUAUGAACGUGUGUGGUGAUGAAUCGCAGUGUGAGGGGAUGAGUGAAGGAAGAGUAUCGCUGAAAGGCCUUCAAAGUGGGGUAUUGGUCGAGCCAGAAGAAAUAUCCAAAGUGUUACCAAACAUCGCAACUAAAGCGGUUCAUCCGUCGGACGAUUUUCAUAUUGCUACAAGCACGGAAGCUUGUGUUGCUUCAGCAAGGGCACCUUCUAAUAGUUCUGAAAUUUCCUCAAACGAAUAUGAAACAGAUUAUGCAAACAUUACUGUUGUAAAACAGCAGUUACCAACAACACCCCAGCAACCGCUCCGUGAGCAAAUUCAACAGUUGGUUUGUAGACAACAUACAAACUUUCCGACCUUCAACAAUUUGUCUUCACUCACGCACACAAACUUAUGCGGAACAUCAAUUCCCAAGUAUCCUACUUUUUCUACGGUUCCCCAAAGAUUAAAGUCUUUUGGAGACGUUUUUCUCGCAGUGUCAACACAACUUCUGAGCGUUGCUGGAUUUUUCUUGGUACAGAAUGGAGGCGAAGAUGCUACAAGAUGUUACCAUUGUGGAAUCGGGUUACGCCAUUGGAGUCCAGAAGAUGACCCUUGGGUUGAGCAUGCGCGUUUCUCUCCAAAGUGUGAUUACUUGCUCAGUGCGAAGGGACAAGAAUUUGUGAACUUAAUACAGUUGGCGGUUCAGUAUUCAUCUUAUCCUGCAAAUGCUACGUCAAAUAAAUUGAACCAAACGUCAUCGACGAAUAUGUCUACUUUAACUUCUUCAUCAGAGCAUAGCAUUUCGAAAACUGAAGUGAGAGAGAAUGCUGCAUUACACACCAUCAUGAAGUGUAUGUACUGUAGCCAUAAGGAGGUAUCCCUUGUUUUCCUCCCAUGUGGACACCUCAUCUCAUGCGAUGGGUGUGGCAAGGAGCAACGGAAUUGCAGAAUGUGUGGCUCCAACAUUAAAGGCACAGUGCGCACUUUCCGGGCAUAAGAACACGGAGAAGUUAUAAUACAAAAUAUCAUCUUCAGCCUUUGACUUAUUACUGUUAAUAAACCCUCAAUAUGGCCACCAUAAUGCAUUUCCACAUACAAAUGCGGGAUAUAAACCAGUUUUAACAUGUUUGUGACAUGAGGACUUUGCAACAUUAUGUUCACUGAUAUGUAUAUACGCGAGUAUUCUGUGCAUAUACACAUGCACACAUGUAUACUGUAUUUUGACAAACCAAUUAAAAUACAUAGUUUCUGCCAAUUAUCGCAUUCUUAAUGUCAAAUGUGGGUAUGCAUAUUAUUACUGGUUUUCGUUUCUUUUUAUGUUUAAUGUGUAUGAAUCGGCUAUCGUAGCAUGUUAUUUAAGACAUAAAACCAAAUAACACAAUAAAUUAAAACACCUUCGA